GCGUCGCGUCGCUCCGCCGGGUGGACGCGGGAGUCGGCGGCUUCGGGGGCGCCGCAGGAGUUGCUGGUGUCUCGGGAACUGCGGGAAGCCAAAGACCAUCGUCCCGGGAUCUCGGGUUGCAGAUCUGUGUUCUGGUCCUGGUGUCCAACGUGAGGGCAGGAUGUUUUCCAAACUGGCGCAUUUGCAGACUGUGGCUGUGCUCCGCCGAGGAUUUCAUUCUUCAGUGGCGUCUGCUGCAUCUAUUGCUACUAAAAAAACAGUCCAAGGCCCUCCAUCCUCGGAUUACAUUUAUGAACGUGAAUCUAAGUAUGGUGCCCACAACUACCACCCUCUACCUGUUGCCCUGGAAAGAGGAAAAGGUAUUUACGUAUGGGAUGUAGAAGGUAGAAAAUAUUUCGACUUCCUGAGCGCUUAUAGUGCUGUCAACCAAGGGCACUGUCACCCGAAGAUCGUGAGUGCUCUGAAAAGCCAGGCGGACAAGCUGACCCUGACGUCGCGGGCUUUCUACAACGAUGUGCUGGGCGAGUACGAGGAGUACGUCACCAAGCUCUUCAACUACCACAAAGUCCUCCCUAUGAAUACAGGAGUGGAGGCUGGAGAGACCGCCUGCAAACUGGCGCGCCGCUGGGGCUACACUGUGAAGGGCAUUCAGAAGUACAAAGCGAAGAUCGUUUUUGCAGCUGGAAACUUCUGGGGUAGAACAAUGUCUGCCAUCUCCAGUUCCACAGACCCAGCCAGUUAUGAUGGUUUUGGACCAUUCAUGCCAGGUUUUGAAAUCAUCCCAUAUAAUGACCUGCCUGCCCUUGAGCGUGUUCUUCAGGAUCCAGACGUCGCUGCCUUCAUGGUAGAACCAAUUCAAGGUGAAGCGGGUGUUGUUGUUCCAGAUCCAGGCUACCUGAUGGGCGUUCGAGAGCUCUGCACCCGGCACCAGGUCCUGUUUAUUGCUGAUGAAGUACAGACAGGCUUGGCCAGGACUGGCAGGUGGCUGACGGUGGAUCAUGAGAAUGUCAGACCUGACAUCGUCCUCCUCGGAAAGGCGCUUUCUGGAGGCCUGUACCCCGUGUCUGCAGUGCUGUGUGAUGACGAGGUGAUGCUGACCAUCAAGCCCGGGGAGCACGGCUCAACAUAUGGUGGCAACCCCCUUGGCUGCCGGGUUGCCAUCGCUGCCCUGGAGGUUUUGGAAGAAGAAAACCUGUGUGAAAACUCAGACAAGAUGGGCGUCAUCUUGAGAAAUGAACUGAUGAAACUGCCGUCUGAUAUCGUGACAGCUGUGAGAGGAAAAGGAUUGCUGAACGCUAUUGUUAUCAGGCAAACCAAAGAUUAUGAUGCUUGGAAGGUGUGUCUGCGUCUUCGAGAUAAUGGACUUCUGGCCAAGCCCACCCACGGCGACAUCAUAAGGCUUGCGCCUCCGCUUGUGAUCAAGGAGGAUGAGGUCCGGGAGUCCGUGGAGAUCAUCAACAAGACCAUCUUGUCUUUCUGAGGCUCUGGCUUGUCGGCAGGGGUGCCUGGCAGCUGCCGGAGACGGCAGGUCAGCGAUGGUCUGGAGAGCCCGCUGCGGCUCUGCCCUCACCACAGCUCAUUCCACUCCCCCGUGUCUUCACAGACCUUUCUGUAAUAUAUAUGUAUUUUCAGUUCACCCACCAGAGAAUGGCAUUUGUAAGUGUGCAGUUGGCCGUGUAACAUGCGAGGACGCCACGGCUUCUGUGUAGGGUUGUUUUUGUGUGUGAGCGUGCUUCCUGAGGUGAAAGGCGUCUGCCUGUACAUGGAUAGCCUUUUAAUCAAGCCCCUGAGUAUAAUUUAUAUGUUUUUAUAAUUUCCUUGCUGGUGCAAAUAUUCUGUAUUUGAGAGGUUAUAUGGGGUGUUAGAUAGUUGACUUGCUGACCUUCUAAAGUUGCAUCGUAAGAAUUGAAUUUUAGUAGGAUUAAUUAUUAAUCUUAUAUAAAACACUAGAUUUAAGUAAAUUUUAUAUUGACCAAUGCCCUGAUAUAUUCUGUGAAUGUCAUUAUUUUGAAUCAAAAAUUAAUGUUUAAAUUCCCCAAAUUGUGUUUUAAGCCCUUGACAUAAUUUGUAAAAAAAAUCUUCCUUUUCAGUGUUUCUUUAAAUUCAAAAUAAAGCAUAUUUA